UUACCAAACCCUAAACCAUGUCUAUCCUCUUCCUUGCUACGCUUGUGAUCCUCUCAUGUUCCCUGCAAUCCCAUGCGGUGGAUUACACUGUAACGAACAAUGCCGGCGACACUCCCGGCGCCGUGCGUUUCACUAACGAGAUCGGCAUCCCAUACAGUCAACAGACGAUGACUGAAUCGACUGAUUUCAUCUGGAGGACCUUCCAACAAAACGACCCUGCGGACCGAAAGGACGUUGCCAAAGUGAGCUUGUUCAUCGACAACAUGGAUGGCGUGGCGUACGCAAGCAACAACGAGAUCCAUGUGAGCGCCACGUACCUCGGGGGCUUCUCGGGAGACGUGAAGAGGGAGUUCACGGGGGUCCUGUACCACGAGAUGACGCACGUGUGGCAGUGGAACGGGGCUGGGCAGGCCCCGGGCGGACUCACUGAGGGGAUCGCAGAUUUCGUGAGGCUCCGGUCGGGUUACGCGCCGGGCCACUGGGUGCAGCCGGGCCAGGGCGAUAAGUGGGACCAGGGUUACGACGUCACGGCGCGCUUUCUCGACUACUGCAAUGGCCUCAGGAAUGGGUUCGUGGCUGAGCUGAACAAGAAGAUGAGGACUGGUUAUAGUGACAACUUCUUCGUCGACUUGCUGGGCAAGACCGUUGACCAGCUGUGGACUGAAUACAAGGCUAAAUACGCUACCUAAUUUUGAGUCCAUGCCUGGUCGAUAGAUGUAUGUGCCUAAUAAGAAUCAUGGUUAAACAAAGGCAUUAUUAAAUAAAACACAUGCAAAUCAACUUUGGAUUAUUUGCAAUUUACUCUAA